AUGAUAUCGGUAAGAUUCUAUGGAACAAGAGCAUAUCUUAUAGACAAAAGUCUUAUACCAGUAGUUUUGUUCUGGAUUGACCCAGUUGUUGGAUAUAAUUUCAUAACAUAUGGUUCAUUCGAUACGGAACGUUGCAGUGAAGGCUUACUUUACAUCGUUCAGAAACCGAAGGACUUCAAUACAAAGAGAUAUAAGAUAGGAAGAACAUUUAAUAUAACUCAAAGAUAUGACAGUAUAGUCAAUAGAGUUAAGGUUGCGUUUGUUAACGAUAUGAGAGCUGCUGAAACAGAACUACUUGAAAAGUUUGAGAAAUUGUAUGGUGCUCCCACGAAAGGUAAAGAAACGUUUGAAGUAGAUGAGAUAGAUAGUGCUAUAAAAUUAUUUGACGAAGUUGCUGAAAAAUACAUGUAA